AUGAUGAGAAGCGCGGGGUUGUUGCUUGGCUACUUUUUGGUGAAAGUUCUUGAAUGCUACGCGGAGGGGGAGCCAGGGCAGAAGCUGAACGGCUUUAUUAUGGUACCAACGGGUACCAACGAGUCAAAAUUGAACGGAGAGAAUAGCGUUUCGGAGAGUCCGCGUACAGAGGACAAGUGCCGGGGUUAUUACGAUGUGAUGGGCCAGUGGGAUCCGCCGUUUGUCUGCCAGACGGGCAGUUACCUGUACUGCUGCGGGACCUGUGGCUUCAGAUUCUGCUGUGAGUUUACAAGCUCGCGGCUGGACCAGACCACCUGCAAAAACUAUGACACCCCGCCGUGGAUGAUGACAGGCAGACCCCCCCCCAAGAAAAAAGACCCCACUCACGACCCCACAAAGGAUAAGACAAACUUAAUUGUGUAUAUAAUAUGUGGAGUUGUUGCCAUAAUGGCCCUCGUUGGGAUUUUCACAAAACUUGGACUUGAAAAGGCGCACCGUCCACACAGAGAAAACAUGUCAAGGUGAGAGUGUAUAACAAACAACCCCAGCUGUCGCUGUGCGCAAUGCAGUAACAACUUUGGAUAGCCUAAAUGAAUGCAGGAAUGUAACUUUUAUUUGGGUGUCAGAAGUUUCCUUAAAAUAUUUCGAUGCAUUAAAGAUGCUGUUUUGUUAAAAUAGGUGAUAACCCACUGGACGCAGACGUCAGUUCAACUUCUAGUUUUGAUUUACAUUUGGUUGAAAUCAACAAAAAAUCAACAAAAAAUGUAAUUGGAUUUAGGUUUCCUUGAUGAUUUAGGUUACCAUUUCCUUACCUUGAUGACUUUUUUCAAGUCCAGUCAGUUUUCCCACAUCACAUAGAUUUGUUGGUUGGAAUGACAUGGAAACAACGUUGAUUCAUGAUUCAACCUGUUUUUGCCCAGUGGAAAGUGUUAAAAUAUAGAAUAAAUCGACAUGCUCAGUCAGUUCUACUGACCACAAUACAUAUGCAGCCUACUAUAUUGUAUUUGUGAGUGGCUGUGAAUACCUGUCCAAUUGCAUUGGUGUCUUGAGAUUCUAUCAAAAUGCCAUACUUUUCAUUCUGAAUGAUUGAGACCUCUAUACUUAAUAAUAAUGAGCACACUAUGUCCUGGUAAAACCAGAUGUGCUGUAGGUAGUAGUGUGUGAUGAGCCAUGCUCUCAUCUCCCUUGAUAUCAUUUCAUCUCACACCCAGAUGGUGACAUUAAGGCCACUUUUUUUACUCCAUUACACCUGCAAUUGUUUUUAAUUAUCUCACUGCCCUAGAUUUCAUCAUUUUAAUUAGCUUCAUUAUUCUUUGACGUUAUGUGUACACUCAAGGUUCACUUACCCCAAAAACGGGUUGAUUCAAUGUUGUUUCCACAUCAUUUCAACAAAAAGAUUCAGUGAUGACUUUGAAUCAACAUGGAAAACUGAUUGGAUUAGCAAAAAGUCAUCAACGUAAGGGAAUUUCAUAUUCUUUUCACCCAACUUUUAACCUAAAUCCAAUGACAUGGUGAAAUGUUUUGUUAAUUUCAUAUUGAACAUGUGUUAGUUGACAACUCAACCAAAUGUUUAUCAAAACUAGAUAUUGAACUGACCUCUGUGCCCAGUGGGCUGCCUUUGUCUCAACAUGCCUUGGGAUCCCUACUAUCAUUUGUCAUAUUUCCCACCUACAGUAUAUUAUCAAUGCCCAAAGGAAGGUGAUCCCACUAACCCACUGUAGCAUAAAAGGUACUGUGCACAUCAAACAAAAACCCUUUGAGCAUAUGAUAAUUGGUCAUUGGUAGGUCAUCUACAAGUACGAUGCAAGCAUGUGAAUAAUUGCUUUGAUUUAAUUGGCCUAGAUUGAAUUUGAGUCUACAUUAUUCAAACAUUAAGACUUGUAAGGAUUUCCGAUAAAUAGCAGAUAAAUAUUGAGGUUUACAGCAUUUGAGCUACUGCUACUGUAAUUUUGCUUGAUUUUGGAGCUAUUUUGAUUUCCAUGUCAUGCUUUAUUAUUGAGUGGACCAGCUGAUUGAGGUGUUUGUGUUUCGUCAGGGCUCUAGCCCAGGUGAUGCGCCAGCCUGGUCCAGGAGAACACUCAGAAGACAUUGGGGUGCAUGGACAGCACUAUGACAACAUGCAAGCCAACAGGGUACCUGCUAACAGUCUCCGUAAGUGGGCCUCUUCCAUCCAAUGUCUCAUUUCAUAGAGAAUAGCCACUAUAACAAUAAUUUGAUACUCAUUGGAAAGUAUAACCAUCUUACCACAACCAGUGGUAAGAUGUGUGCAUGGUGUAUUAUGUGGAGCUCUGCAAUGCAUUAGGUAUGGUCAUGAUUGAGAUACAGAGAUAGUAUAAACAGGAUGCCAUCUGCGGAAGACUGAGGGUCUGACUGCUGUGAUCAGAAUAAUCAUGCACAACCUUUACCUUUGUACAUACAUACACACAUUUCAAACAGCCACCAUCAGUAAACCUUAUCAUACAAGAGAACGUUGACAUUUUCAUUUUCAUAAAUGCUGGAGUCCUAUUGAAAUGCCCAACAGACUCCGAUUGGUCUUUGUGGUUGUAGUGAGGCAGCUGUGAAAUUCAAAGGCUUAUUCACCACCACCCUUCGCCUUCCUGGCUCGCCUGAUUUAGCUGCUCCAGAUAAGACAGUUGUGAAAGAAGUCCAUUUUGUUGAGUCCUGUGGGCUGCUGAAGCAAUUACUCACAGCCUCAGUAAUCAUUUAACACACUGGGAUAAUUAGCAUCAUCAACCGCUGCUGACUAAUAGUAGUAUAACGCUUUCGCUGCUCUCCAUCUCUUACAACUGGCUCUUUCUUUCUCAUCUCUCUCUUUUUCGUCUCUCUCGAACAAGCAGCCAAGCAAGCACGCACACAGGCACACAUCUAUACACAGACCCGCAAGCAUUCACUCACUCACUCACUCACUCACUCACUCACUCACUCACUCACUCACUCACUCACUCACUCACUCACUCACUCACUCACUCACUCACUCACUCACUCACUCACUCACUCACUAACACUCAUGGAUGAUGCAGGCUUCAUUAUGUUAUUAUGCAUUGCAUGUCUCAGACUGCCGGUUGCCAUCACACAGGCUAGGCUUUACUCACUAAUGGCAAUUGACAGACUUUUCCCCAUUUGCUUGUUUGGAAGUGAUUCUAAUGCAUGCCCUCUGUUGUUGGAGCGACGUAAAAUGACAUGUUUACACUUUUCAAGCUGAAAAGGAGUGUCAAUAUUUGUCAUGAAAAACAUGCUGUUUGUUUGUGUGAGAUGGACAAAUUCGACUUGGAGAGAAUGAUAAUGGGAAUACUAGUUUUAUGUUGACGGCAUCAGCAUAUGGCAACAGAGGUUGUUUUUUGUUGUUGUCGAAAGUGAAGUGGAUGAGGCAGCUCUGGGUCAAGAGCCUCCACUUUGAUUCUUGAGUGUAGCUGAGUGUAGCUUCCACCAAUAAUUGAAGCUUGUAGCUUGUAUUUGCAUGAAGAGCUGGCAUAUUUCUCUCCCGUCCCUUGGGUAGGAAUUACCAAAGGGAUUGGAGACCUAGUUCAGCAAUCAGGUGGGCUGCAUGGAUACACAUUGGCAUUGUCUCUCCUCACAGUAUAUGGAAGGAUCCAUACCUUUUCACACAAUAGCACUGUAGAUUGGAGAGGGUAGAUGAGUGGAGAGGUGGGUUCUGGGUAAUCUCUUCCUUUGUCAGUGGCCCUCCCACCUCCUCCUAGCACAACACUAUCUCUUUUAGUCCAUCGCAUCAAGUUGAAGCAACAAGGACCUCUUCAAUCUCCACUGUGUCGGCUCACGAAAUGGAUGUGUAAUUUAGUGUGACAGAGCUUUUCAGGUGUCCUUAGAAGGCCAGGGUUUGGGUGGAUGCAGUGUGCGAUUCCACUAGAGUCAAUACACUGUUCUUUAUUGGUUUGGCAUAAUGUGGGCAUUAUGGAAUCAGAAGGAGCAGUUUAUCACUAUUAAGUUGUGUGCUGUAUUAGAAUAGAGGUAGUGUUGUUUAGUUAUGCUAACUAGAACCCUUAUUCAAUAAAGGGGGAUGAUAGCACAGGUUUCUUUGAGCAGCUAUUCACACUCAUUCCCACACUGACUGUCCUCUUGUAAAAAGUCUCACAGGCAGAGCAGUGUCUUGCUGUUUCAUGAGAAGAUGUGAUGAGUUAUUGUAUCAGUGUGAACAGCCUCAGCCAGUGAGCUCACUGUUGGAGAUGUGGAGAGGUGCAGGGAGGUGUGUGAGGGGAGACACCCAGGUGUUGUGCUGCUAAAGAGCUGACUCCAUCUCCAUGCAGGCUGAGGGGUAAUAACCCAGAGAGUGGAGUGUGUAACUGUGCUGGGAGCAGGGCCAUUUCAUAGAGCACUGGGACUAAAAAAUUCCCAGUUCUCCAGUCUGAAAUGCCAUUAAAGUGCUUAAAUCUGAGAGUGCUGAGUCUGACUGGUGGCAGGCACAUACUCUCAGGCAGCAACACAGUGUGUGAUUGUUUUGAAUUAGGUAACCCACUGGGGUCAGGCUGGUACAAAGCAUGGCAGUAGUGCAGUUUAGUAGACAGACAUCAAGUCAGGAAAUUGACAGGGCUUUUUAUGGUAGCAUGGUACCUCAGCAAGAAUAGUAAGAAACCUCAGCCACUAGACUAGAGAGCAUAAUCAGUGUUGCUAUAGUGGUGUAAAAAAAUAAAAGAUCCAAUCAAAACAAGGGAAAUUGUUUAAUUCAAAUUGAUUUCCAAAUUUGCCUAAUACAGCAUCAAUAGAAUCGGAAUGGAAUGAAACCCCUUGAGCUGAGGCGCCUGAAGAGUGUUAUUCUGGUGAAUGAAUCUCAUUAUCACACAUGUAAAACAAGCACACUACGCCAGCAGAAGCUCUCACUUGGACAGGCUAUUUCACUGGAUGUGAAUUAUGCAGGGUAUCUAAUCUAGUCUGAGGCUUAUGUCCAUAUAAGUGACACCUCAUGGCAUACAUUGACUGCCAAGGAGGACUGUCUGUGUGUGAACUCUGUCUUGUGAGAGAGUAGCGCUCUGAAGAGGUGACAGCACAAGUAAUUAGGUUCAUGUGAGGCUGCAUGUGUUUGAGUAACAUCUCCUCCUGUGUUUUCAAUCUAAUGUUAUAUUACCCUGGACACUUGCUGCAUUGAGGGUUCAAUUGAAAGAGACUCAUUAGCAUGGUGAAAGCCCUGUCAGGCUUACUUGUGUCAAUAUCAAGGUAUUUAUUCAAAAUAAUGUUUUUUCUUGGCCUUUUUGUCUGCGUAUUGUGCUUUUUAGUAAUUGUACAAUAUAAUUUAAAGGAAAACAAUGGGAAAAAAUGGGUUGAAUCAACGUUGUUUCCACGUCAUUUCAACCCCAAAAUUCAGAUGUGAUGAUGUUGAAUCAAGGUGGAAAACUGAUUGGAUUUGCAAAAAGUCAUCAACGUAAGGGAAUUUGGUAUUUUAUUCACCUAACUUUUCACCUAAAUCCAAUGACAGGAUGACAUUUUUGGUUGAUUUCCCGUUCAAUUCACGUUAGUCGAUAACUCAACCAAAUGUAAAAAUGUUGCACUGACGUCUGUGCCCAGUGGGAAAGCUUUCUCCCAUUGUUAUGGCCGUAGACUUCAAGUACAUUCAAGUAAUGGGCUCCCGAGUGGCGCAGCGGUCUAAUGCACUGCAUCUCAGUGCUUGAGGCGUCACUACAGACCCCCUGGUUCGAUUCCAGGCUGUAUCACAACCGGCCGUGAUUCGGCGGUGCACAAUUGGCCCAGCGUCGUCCGGGUUUGGCCGGUGUAGGCCGUCAUUGUAAAUAAGAAUUUGUUCUUAACUGACUUGCCUAGUUAAAUAAAAUAAAAAAUAAUGAGGCCUUUGUUUCAAAUACCAAUGUUGAAAUGUUCAUUAACCCUCGUCAGACCUUUAAUUGAUUAUGAAAGAACUGUGUUAUGAUUAGAUCAUGGCUAUUAAUUUUUUUUGAAGGGCUUUGAUAUUCACAAUACAAAAUCCACUCUUGUAUACAAGUAGGCUCGUUGGGUCAGUGGUUUCCGGUGCUUCAGAUCAUGCAUGCUAUAUAGUGCCUUCAGAAAGUAUUCGUACCCCUUGACAUAUUCCACAUUUUGUAGUGUUACAGCCUGAAUUCAAAAUGGAUUAAACAUAGUUUUUCUCACCCAUCCACACACAAUACCCCAUAAUGACAAACUGAAAACAUGUUUGUAGAAAUGUUAGUAAAUGUAUUGAAAUAAAUUGACAUAGGUAUUCUCACCCCUGAGACAAAACAUGUUAGAGUUACCUUUGGCAGCGAUUACAGCUGUGAGUCUUUCUGGGUAAGUCUCUAAGAGCUUUGCACCUAAGGAUUGUACAAUAUUUGCACAUUAUUCUUUUUAAAUUCUUCAAGCUCUGUCAAGUUGGUUGUUGAUCAUGGCUAGACAGUCUUGCCAUAGAUUUUCAAGCAGAUUAAAGUCAAAACUGUAACUAGAACAUUCAAUGUCAUAUUGGUAAGUAACUCCAGUGUAUAUUUGGCCUUGUGUUUUAGGUUAUUGUCCUGCUGAAUGGUGAAUUUGUCUCCCAGUGUCUGUUGGAAAGCAGACUGAAUCAGGUUUUCCUCUAGGACUUUGCAUGUGCUUAGUUCGAUUUCUGUUUCUUUUUAUCCCAAAAAAACCUCCCAGUCUUUACCGAUUACAAGCAUACCCAUAACAUGAUGCAGCCUCCACCAUGCUUGAAAAUAUGAAGAGUGGUACUCAAUGAUGUGUUGGAUUGCCCCAAGCAUAACGCUUUGUAUUCAGAACAUAAAGUUAAUUUCUUGGCCACAUUUUUUGCAGUUUUACUUUAGUGCCUUAAUGCAAACAGGAUGCAUGUUUUGGAUUUUUUAAAUUCUGUACAGGCUUCCUUCUUUUCACUGUGUGAUUUAGGUUAGCAUUGUGGAGUAACUACAAUGUUGUUGAUCCAUCCUCGGUUUUCUCCUAUCACAGUUUCCUUCCUCUCUGGCAACUGAGUUAGGAAGGACACCUGUAUCUUUGUAGUGACUGGGUGUAUUGAUACACCAUACAAAGUGUGAUUAAUAUAUCAAUAAAAUAUCAAUGUAAUCUAUUUUAAAUUCAGGCUGUAACACAACAAAAUGUGGAAUAAGUCAAGGGGUGUGAAUAAUUUCUGGAGGCACUGUAUAUGGCUCAGGUGGUUUCCAUUAUGAUGCCCUCAUGUCACAUGAUGGAACUAAUACAUAUGGUGCCAAUAUGCAUGACAUCUCCAUGGAAAUGAAGGUAUUAUGACCAAUUUGCCUAUCCAUGGAUUUUUGCUGUUGUAGGUAAAAUAUUAAUGAGCAGAAAAGUGAUUGUUGUUAAAUUACAAUAACUUAAGAGGCAGAAUGCAUUAUAUCUGACUUUGAAUUAAUUUCCCCACAGUGGCAAAAGGACCUAUAUAUACACUUGCAGUUUGCAGUUACACUGUCAACUCUUAAAGGAUUGUGCAUGCCUGUAUCCAUGGCAAUCUCACACAAUUGUGCUGACAAUGAUUUUGUUCUGCCCCUUUCAACUUCAGAUUGAACUGACAAAAAUAUACCAUGUACUUUUAUCUAGGGAGAUUCCCCUGAUAAAAACUAUACAUAUAGACAUUUGAGGCACCCUUAAAUGUCACAAUAAUCAUGCUUUGCGGGAAAUACUAAUAAGGAAUGAACAUUCCUAAUAGGCAACUUGGUUCUUUGUUUUAAACACAUCAACUGUAGAACAAGUAUAGCGGAAAUGUGUGUACAAGGUAGUAUCUUUCAGAAAAUGGCUGCCUAGUUGUCACACGCAUAUAGUACCCUGAACAUAAAGCCUACUGUACCUCAAGGUGCGCCUACGAGAUGAGUUUUCUCCUUCAGCUGAAAUUAUUAUUAUUCACUUUAAUGAAUUCAGGCGGUCUAGGUGCUGCCAUGACAGGCGAAUAAUUAAUCAUUCUUUAAACAGAGAACCCUUUUUUUCUUCCGUGCCCCCUCCUGGAAUAAUGAUCAGUUCAUUACCAGCCAGCCGACAUGUUGACAGCUAGGUGGUGGUGGAUAUCAGGGGUUCAGGAGCAGCUAGCGAUGGGAUGGGAGCUUCAGCACUGUGGCCUAUGGCUGCCUCAAUGAUAGUUCGUAGUAUAGCUAUUAGUAAGAUACAUUUAGACCUACAGCAAAAUGUAAUCAGAAAAAAGAUGAUCAUGAGUCCCUCCCUGUACAUUAAAACAACACACCAUGUUCAACAAUGUAAUCUAAAAGUAAGCUGUAGGUUUAUCAUAUACCAUACUGCCGAUCAGACCCCAACACCCAAUGCCCUCAUGUAUAACCAAUGACAAGGAUUUAGUUUAGGACUGCCUAAUGGCAUUUUUGAGUAGUUCAAUAAUAGGGGCUUACUGCAGAUACCUUAGACCACUUGUUCUGAACAUACUCACACCACUCAGGAUACUCUGCUUCCAUGCUGGCUGGUGAUUGGGAAAUUACACAGAGGCCCUGUUGGGGGUUCUAACACAUCCAAUGUAAUGUAAUAUUAAUAUUAACGUCCGCUGGGAAUGGUCACAGUUUCAAAGGGGGCUUUCUUCACUUACUCUGUAAAGAGGGUUCUUUGGUCAUCUUUUCUUUGUUGGCAAAUGUUGGCAAGCCCCUCUUAAGUGUUGAAGUUUUUUCCCAGCUAAAUGAUGAAUAUCAACAUUUAUAAACAGAUUAAAAAUGUAGAUGAAGCACAGCCCAUGUUAGAUCAUGAGCAUUAUUAGUGCAUCAUUGGCAUCUUAGUAUCCCCGAUCUACAAUACCAUAGGAAACAAAUCCCUCUGAAAAAUAUAUUGCUGUUUUUGACCAUACAAUUCUUGUCAUACUGUUUGUGAAAUUUACUGUUCGUCCAUUACUCUUUUGUAAUUAUUACUCAGCAAAGACAGAGGUAGUUGAUGUCAACAGUCUGACCAGACAUUUCUUGUAGAAAAUGGAUGCUUUGGGAAAUAAAUGGUCAUUGUCAGAAUAGAAACCCAAACAAUCACAACGAUGAAUCUUACAACCUCAAAAUCACCAUACUUUAUUAGUCCAGGAGUCCAGGAGUUCAGGAGGAACACCUUGAGUAAAGGAGCAGUAUAGAAAUAUCCAGUCAACCUUCAGUCAUUGUAGUCAGUCAUUAUAUCUCUACUGGUUCUGGUAGUUCUCUCUUUGUAGAUAAUGCCUCAGUUGUACAACAACAUACCUCCCAUGUUAUUUCAAUUUUCAGGCAGGUUUGCAUCUGGUUGCAACAAAAUUGGUUGUGCUCUGUUUUCGCCCACAUGAAAAUGUAUCACUGUCACUGUCGUUUUGAUGUAUUUGAGGACAUCAAGGUGUGGCUUUCACACACACACACACACACACACACACACACACACACACACACACACACACACACACACACACACACACACACACACACACACACACACACACACACACACACACACACACACACACACACACACACACACACACACUAUAUUGGUACGAGAUAAACAAAGACACAAGGAUCUAAUUUUGUCAACUGGACAUGAGCGGUAAAGAAUUGAACCGACAGGAACAGCAACAUUAGCUUUGUGACUGAGCCCUCUUCAGUUGGUUGCUAAGCGUUCAGGAGAUGAAUCCCCUUGUUCAGCUGCAGUAGUCUGUGAGACUCAAGAACACAGAGCAUUCCUUUGUGAAACAACUAGAGAAAUGGAAGCACUACAGAUGGAUUUGUAACAUUAGAUCAACUGGCUACAAUGGACAGAUAUUACAAUAGAACAACAAAGCCUGUUAGCAUACAAAGCAUACAAAGUGUCCUUUCUCCCAAUCAAUAGAAAAAUCCCUCAGAAACAUUUGACGAAAUCCUGUACACUGUAUACAGAAUAUAGUCUGCUAUAUCCCUGAGAUAAUAGGCUUGAUAAGACAUUGUUGGGAGGCAAUGCUUUGUGCUUCCUUCGCAUAUCUUAUGUGCAAUUAUGUUGACUGCACAACAGCUCCACUAAAAGUGUUAUGUUCUCCCUGGCGUUUUGCUUCUGUCUCUUUGACUCACUUCUGGGCAGAGGGUAGAGUGGUGUGUCUAUAGGGCACAGUCCUGCGCCUGUUCCCCUCCUCGUCCCCUAGCCAUGUCUGGCGCUGCCAAGUGUACCCAUGCCAGGGCUGCCUCCCUAGGAUGGAUGCUGCCUCUAUGGCAGGGGUUGUGGGUGCCUGAUUGGCACUGAGUGAAAUGGUCCAGAGGGAGUUCACACUCGUGUCAGCCGUCACAGAUGACCCAAUCCUCUCAGACAGACAGGGCUGUGCUCUAGUUCCCUCUCCUCUCCUCUAGUUCCCUCUCCUCUGGGUGGGUGGCUGGCUGGCGGCUAGGCUACACUUCACUCCUGUCCUGUGUGCUGCUGGGGCCAUCUUGGCCACACGCACUGUCAUGUCCCUCUCCUCCAGGCCUGCCUGUGUGAGCAAGGGGCACCUGUGGCCACUUGGCCUCUUUUCUCUCUAGGCAGCCAGCCGAAGAGAAUAAAGUUCUCCCUUGCUGCCAACACAUACGGCCGGACGGCCUGGCAGGCCAUUUCCCCACAAGACAGUGUCACAGGAAACUGUAUUUAA